AUGGUUACCACGGUCUGCCACCAUCCAGUAGGGGAAGCUGAGUUCUGUGCCUCGGGUGCUCAAUGGCAGCUGAAGAAAGUUCCAACUGAGGCAGUUCAGCUGAGUGCCAAGUCCAAAGACACCAAAACAGUUCACAGGUCUCAUGUGAGGUGCCUCUUCCUGAGAGACGCCCCGCCCACCACCUCGCUGAGAGACGCCCCGCCCACCACCUCGCUGAGAGACGCCCCGCCCACCACCUCGCUGAGAGACGCCCCGCCCACCACCUCGCUGAGAGACGCCCCGCCCACCACCUCGCUGAGAGACGCCAUGCCGGCUACUCUGCUGCACGCCUCCAUCACUGCGCCUUGCUGGUUCUUGCUUGUCAUUUGCAAUUUGCAAGACUGCAUUUAUUUGUUCGCUUGCUUUUUAAGUCAUUCAUUUGUCCUGCUAGAGUGUGUAUUCCAUGAGGGAUAAAGACUAUCUUGGCUCCCUUAAUCAUGGCUGUUGUCUCUGGAAUCUAGCGUGGUGUCUGGUACAUUGUUGUUAGUGCUCAGUAAAAACUGACAGAAUAAAUAAAAGAAAGGGAGAGAGAAAGGAUCAGAUGUUCAUGUUUAUUUUAUUUGCCAAAGGCUUCCUAGCGGCCUUCUAAUAAAUGCCCUAAGAAAUCUGGACCAAAUAUACACCUUCUCCACUUACUUGUUCUUGCUUGUUCUUUAGUAGGCCCACCUCAUUCUUCUACAUCAUCUCUUAUAAUGAAACUGAGA